AUGGCGUUGCUGCUUCUCUUGGUGAUGCUGACCGUAUGUGCUGCUCUUCCUCGAGGUAAAAAUACAUACCUUCAUUCUUCAAUACAGACAACAGCAAAAUAAGACAGGCGUAUACUCUGAAAAAGUGUGCUGUGUCUUGAUGUGUCUUAUCUUUCUAAUUUUUUUUAAAGGUAUGAGCAAAGUUUUUAAUUUAAUAAGACAAAAUAUAAAUAUGCUUGCUGUUGAUAAUAAGAGUAAUAAGUACAACAGUUUGGCAAAACAUGAGUGACAAAGUUGUGUCAGAUGAGACUAAUUGCUUUUAUUUAAUGCUUUUCAUCGCCUUGCAGUUAAAGUUUUGGGUUUUUACAUUAAAAAUGUUGUUAUUCUUGAUUGUUUAUGUAUGCACAAGAAUUUAUUAUGAAAGUUUUGAAGCCAUUUUUUAUACUUGGAUCCUUGUAAAAGUAGUAGAGGGAUUACGCUCUGCCUCCUUACUCAACACAGACAAGUGGAGCUGUGUGUAUGUGGUUUCCCUCAUUCUCAUACCACAAGUAUUUCUCUUAAUUAAGGUAAAUACAGCACACAAAUCAUUGUAAAUUUAAGCACACAUGUGAAUAAUAGCCUUCCAUGUGCACCUGUGAUUUUGUACGACAGAAAUAUAUGUUUGUGCAUGUUUAUUUGGUGCUAUUAAGUUUGGGCUUAUUCAGAUAAUGUAAACCAGCAAGGAGUCAGACUCUAUAGCUGCUCUUCAGCUGUCAAGCACUCCUCAGAUGAUGACUUACACUGAUACAUAAAUUUACCAGUAAGACAAAUGCAUUUAUUUUGUGCUUCAAUGAUUCAUAUGACAGAAAUAAUGAAUAAAUGAGGUAGUGAUUUGUUGGAAUAUUAAAAACUGCAUGGCUAAAUUCAUGUAUUGAGACUUAGCCCUUGGUUCCUGUUAGUUUUAAGCUCCAUCCAGCCUACUUUAUCCCCAAAACGGACAUGUAGAUAAGUGUUCAGAAACAAUCAUUUUUUAAUAUUUUUUUUCUUUCACUUUUCUCAAUUCAUAUCUCUUAAAAUACUUCAGCCCUGAUCAUUAGAAAAAUAAUUAAUAGAAAAGUUGAGUUAUUACCCUUUUUAUGCCAGUUUUGGUGUGCCAUGUCACUGCUAUUUUUAACGGUAAAAAACACAAAAUCGCCAUAUUUCCCAUGUUAAAUGACCUGGAUUAUUAUUUUUUUUACAUUUUUUGAUAAAUAGAGUCUAGGCCAUGUCAAUGAUGAGAAGUAAAACCGAUUUUGGUGCAUUUUUUCAUAUUUGAAGCUGCAUCCAGCAAACUUUGUCCGCAAAACGAACAUGCAGAUAAGUGUUCUUAAAUAAUCAUUUUUUAAAAUUUUGUCUUGCUAUUUGGACAUAAAUCUUUUAAACAACUUCAGCCAUAACUAUUCAAAAAGUAAUGAAUAAACAAUUCGAUGUAUUACCCUUUUGAUGCCAGUUUUGUGUGCAAUGUCAUAUUUAUUGAUAUAGUGUGUUUUAAACAGCUCUGGUUUUUGGAGUCUUUUGGAGCAGAAAAACGCGCCAUAUUCUCAAGCCUCGUUCUCCACCAAAUCAAUUGCGAUCAGAUUCAUUAGUUCACAUUAAAUUAAUUAUAUAUUUAGGCAUAUAAAACCAGAAGAUAUAUGUAAGAUAGGAAUCAAUUACAAGUGGUUAUGCACCUCUAACCAAAAUAUGACUGUAAUUACGCUGAUUGCGCUCAUAUAAAAAAAUAACCGCAUAUUUGAGAUGUGAUAUCUUCUCAACUAAUGAUCCGAAGGACCUGUGCAUCCUCAUUAUCCACUUACUCUGAAGUGAGGUCAAAGUUGAAAUUGUCCAAAUGUCCCCCUCUCUUUGUCCCACAUGGUAGAACUUGGACGUCAUAUUUUCGACUGUAAAAACUCUGCUCAUGGCAUGCCCGGUUAUAAACAUUGACACAGAUUCGCACCUGGGCAUAUACGCAGGAGCACACAAACUUUUCCUUGCACACAUAUCCCAAUCUUAGACAUCCAUAUCUAGUGGCAUGUAAAGUUUCAUUCAAUUCUGAUGAUGUUUAGUGGAUGAAAUAGCGCUUCAAACACUCUCAGUUCAUGAAUGAAGACUUGCAUGUGUGGCACCGAAGGGGUUAAAAUUAUGUGCCAGCUCAAUCUGUUGUAUCACUGUCAGAAAGUAAAAUUUAGAGCCCUGGUGAUCGAGUGACUGCAAAAUAAAGGUUAUUAUGUUUUUAUGGUGCCAUAAACACACAGUCAAAAAACAUGUGUUUAAUGGAAGUCUAUUGUCCAAUUUGAGGACAAAGUAGGGUGGACGCCCCAAUCUUUAAAAAUGUGACUGUCAGCUCAAAAUAAAGAUUAAAAAAAUGACAAAUGUCCUCAAGACGGAUAUUGUAGGAACCAAGGGUUAAGUAUUGAUUUUGUUAAAUUGUACACAUGUAACAGUAGACUACUGUUGGUCUGAAACUGUGAUUUGUCAUGUGUUAAUAGUUUUUGUCAUAGUAUCUUUGUGUUUUGAUUUCUUUCUUUAUCUUAGAUAUGUCUGGUAAGAUGUUUACCUUCCCAGAAGAGUCAGACACAGCUUAUGUGAAGCUGACAACAUCGAGCCAGAGUUUGAGCGCUUUGACCGUCUGUCUGAGGUAGUGUCAUAUGUGCAGAAAUUUCCCUGAAUAAAAUUAAUGAUCAUUGAUAUCCUUAUAAAAUCAGCAAGUAUGACAAUAUUGUUUUUUGUUUGUUUUUGUCUCCACAGAACCUUUACAGACCUGAAUAGAAAUCAUGCCCCCUUCUCUCUGGCCACACCUGGUGUUUUCAAUGACUUCGUGAUUUACAGAUAUGCUGAAAGUAAUCAGUUUUCCAUAAAUGUCAGGGACAAAUCAGGUGUAUUCAGAGAGCUGGACUACAAGCCGAACACGUGGCACUCACUUUGUUCCACAUGGGACUCUGUCUCUGGUGUGGUGCAAGUUUGGUUGGAUGGAAAGCCCUCAAGCAGGAAGUACGUCACCUCUGGAUCAAACAUCACUGGACCUAUGAUCAUUGUUCUGGCACAGGUAUACUCUUUUAACAAUAUGGGAAACAAACUUACAUUAAUUGGCCCAGAGUGUGUUAGCACAGAUUACCGUAAAGACUAGAAAUACAAAUGACAAUGUAUUUUGACUAAGCCUUUGUCAGGGUCAGUGAUUAUUGAGAGUCACAGUUGGAUUAUCAGUUUUCUCUUCACUUCUGUCCACUCCAAUGUCUCUGCAGAAGGCAAAAGUUAGUCGACUUCUAUGGCCUGCAGUUUUCACUCUCUGAAAAUAAUCUCUGAUGGGCAGUCAGCGCCAUGAACCACAGCAAAAGUCAUGCAAAAUGCCCAAUUAGAAAAAAAACAAAAACACUGACACCUAGAAUGAGUCCAGAGAUUAAACUGGCUGUAUGGAUGAUACAUAGAGAACCAACAAAAUCCACUUUUCACUCAAAAUGAUCCCAUCACAUACCUAUUUGGUUAGAUAUACUGAAAAAUUCCCCAACAGUUACUGAUAAAGCAAUGAUGUAAAGAAACCCCUUUAUUUUAACAGUUUGUAAAAAUGUUUCUCUCUUAUAUAAAAGUCAACAUUUUACAAAGAAGGAUAAAAAAAUCAACAAAUAAAUGAGGUCAGAUUUUUUUAUAUCUCUGACCUUAAUCUCAUUACUCUCUGAGAUUUAAAUCAGAGUUCUGACUUUUUUCAAUUUCUACAGGAACAGGACAGUCACGGUGGAGGAUUUGACGCCACACAGUCAUUUGUUGGCAUGAUGUCUGAUGUCCACAUGUGGGACUACACCCUCUCACCCUGUGAGAUUCAACGCUACACGAAUCGCGAGUCCUUCCCCUCAGGCAAUGUGAUUGACUGGGAGGCAUCUCAGACCUUUGGCAGGGUUCUGAUCGAAGAUCAACAGAAGGACUGUCUCCUCUGA